ACCAUUUCAUCUAAACUCGACGGUUUAAAAUAUUAAGAUAUACAAUGGUGUUUUUGUGGUCUCUUGUCUUGUCUUUCACAUUUACUACAUGUUUUCCUUUAACUCAACCAAAGUGUCAUGAAGAUGAAAGUCAAGCCUUGUUGCAAUUUAAGAAAGGCUUUAUCAUCAAUAAGUCUGCUUCGGAUAAUCCUCUCAGUUAUCCUAAAACAGUAUCUUGGAAUGCAAGCACUGAAUGCUGCUCUUGGGAUGGCAUUCAAUGUGAUGAGCACACAGAUCAUGUGAUUCACAUUGAUCUUAGUAGCAGUCAACUCUAUGGUACAAUGGAUGCAAAUACCACUCUCUUUCGCCUUGUACACCUUCAAAAUCUCGAUCUUUCUGACAAUGACUUCAAUUACUCUCAAAUCCCACCUACGAUAGGUGAGCUUUCACAACUAAGAUAUCUGAAUCUUUCUCACACAUUUUUUUUUGGAGAAAUUCCACCACAAAUUUCAAAGUUGUCCAAGUUGUUGUCUCUUGAUCUAAGCUUCCAUGUUGUACCAAAUAUUCUACUUAGUAAAGUCAAUCUGUUGCAACUCAAACAGUCUAGUUUCAAAAGCAUAAUUCAAAACUCUACAAAACUUGAGAUACUUCGGCUCAAUUAUGUGACAAUUUCAUCCACUUUACCAGACACACUCACAAAUCUAACUUUGUUGCAAAUACUAUCUCUUUCGAAUUCUGAACUGUAUGGUGAAUUUCCAGUUGGAGUAUUUCAUCUUCCAAACUUGAAAUUUCUGGAUUUGAGAUAUAAUCCAAAUCUCAAUGGUAAUUUGCAUGAGAUUCAAUCUAAAUCACUCUCCAAAUUAUUUCUCGAUGAGACAGGUUUCGGCGGUACACUUCCAAUAUCCAUUGGAAAUCUUAGUUCUCUAAAUAUGCUAUCAAUUAAUGGUAGUGAUUUUUUUGGGUAUAUUCCUUCUUCACUUGGUAACCUCACACAACUCAUGCAAAUAAGCCUUGGACAUAACAAAUUUAGGGGUGAUCCUUCUGCAUCUCUUGAAAAGCUUACCAAACUAAACAAAUUGGUAGUUGGUUUCAAUGAAUUUACUUUUGAGACCAUCUCAUGGAUAGGUAAGCUCUCAUCAAUAUUUGCCUUGGAUAUAUCCUCGGUCGAUAUUGGCAGUGACAUCCCAUUAUCUUUUGCAAAUCUCACCUUGCUAGAAAUACUAAUAGUGUGAAUAGGAAUUAGUUUA